AUGAAUGAAGAAAUAAAUGUACCAAAGCGAAAAAUAAAACAAUACAAUGUCAGAAGUAAAACAAUGGAUUUUAUUGAUACUUUUUUAUCACCACUAAGACAUAAUAAUGUUAAAGAAAUAACAAAUACAAUUUCAGGAUCAACAAAAGGAAAAACUUUAGCUAUUCAAUCUCCAUCAAAUACAUCAACACAAAAUUGUUUAGUAAUACGUGAAAAAGAUUCUAAGCAAUUAAAAAAGUCAAGUACUGUGAUUUUUGAACAAAGUUAUAGUAAUUCAAGUAAAAAUAAAUCUCCUUAUGAUGAAAUAAACAUUGACUCAACCAAAAAUAGCAUCAUUUUAAAAAUGCGCUCUUCUCUUAAAAAUAAAAAGAAUAAACAACAACAUUUUAACAAUUGUAACACAUCAAUGGAAGAUUAUUCUGAUAAUAAUCUUGAUUCAAAACCUGAAUUAUAUGUUAAAAAUAUAGAAAAUUGUGAAAAUAAAAAAAAUUCCGACAAGUCUAGUUUAAGUGCAAAAAUAAAUAUAUUUAAAAUGUUUCUAAAUUCAUCUAAAAAAAAGGAUAAUAUUGAUGUCAAAAAAAUUAGAAAAACAAAAUCAUACAAUUGUCGUGGAAAUACAUUGAACUAUGACAAUGAUUUAUCAAAUAGGACAUCUGUUUGUCUUGGUAAAGAAGGAAAUAAUAAUGAUGAAAAAAAAAAUUAUAAUAAUGUCAAUAAUAUUGUAGAUUCUUAUACUGUACCAAAAUUAAAUUCAAAUAAUUUAUCAUUUUUGAAUGAUAAAAAAAAAUUAACAAAAAAUGAUUCAACAUUGAAAAAUAAAAUUUUACCACAAAUAAAUGUAAAUGAUAAUUUUAGUCUUGAAGAUGAAACUAAUAUGGUUCGUGUCAAAUUAAGACAACCAAAAAAAUAUUAUGGAUCGCAUACAACAAGUAGAUUUAUAGAUUGUUAUAAUGAAAAUGUUCCUGAUGCUCCACCAAGACGAAAAAUGAUAGGAUUUUUACAUCGUACUUCAAAUUUUUCUAUUGAUGGUACUCAUAGUGAUGACUCAACAAAUCACUAUUCAUUAGAAAAUAAAAAUAAUACAUUAUUAGAGAAUAAUUCAAAAGAAAAAUACAAUCGAUUAUCAACAGCAUUAGAAUGUGUUACUACAUCAGUACCUAUUAAACAAAAAUAUAAUAAUAGGGAUAGAAGCUUAAGAUAUCAUAAAAAUAUUAAUGUUAUAUUAAAAUUGAAAACAAAUGAAUUUUUAGGAAUAAAUCUAGUUGGACACUCAUCAAAAAAUGGUGAUAAAGGUAUUUUUAUUGCUGAUAUUCUUCCAGGUGGAGCAAUAUCUCAAUGUGGAAGAAUAUGUGUUGGAGAUGAAAUAUUAGAAAUGAAUGGAACAAGUUUUGAAAAUAUUUCUAAUGAUCAAGCUGUUAUAAUGCUUACAAAUGAAUUAAAAAAACGUGAUUUAUUAAGGUUAAAAAUUAGAAAACAUUACAAUAGCAUUGAUGAUUAUUAUGAUAAUGAUAUAAAUAACAUAUCAAUUAAAAAUCGUUUUGAUUCAGCAAGAAGAAGUCUAAGAGACUAUCCAAAUCAUUUUAAUUUUUUACAACCUGCUAAUGAUGAAAUUUGGAUAAAACAAAAACCAAUAAAAAAAAAUGAUAACAAAUUGCAAUUAGAAUUACCACAAAAAUUGAUGCCUUCAAUACAUGAAAGCUAUGAAAAUUUACCUUCAUCACCAUCAUUAAUAAAAAAAUCAUCUAAAAAUGAUGAUGAAAAGAAAGAACUUACAAUGCAUCAUGUUGAUAAAUUAUUUGAUUUAAAUAGUAAUAAAGAAAAUGUUGUUAUGUCAAUGUCAUUACCAAAUUCAUAUUUAGAAGCAAAAGAGAAAGCAUGGAUUAAAAUAAGUUACCCUAUGUGUUUUUAUGGUAAACAUUUAGUUGAUUGGUUAUUAGCAAAUGUUAAAGGUUUAAAAGAGCGAAGAAAUGCUAGAAACUAUGCUUUUGAAUUAUUGAAAGAAAAACUUAUUGUACAUGUUAUUUGUAGGUAUACCUUCUCAGAACAAUGUUAUUAUGUUUUUGGAGAAAAAAUUGAAAAAUUAAAGAAGGCUGAUGAAUGUGGAGUUAAUGGAUUAAUAAUAUAG